AUUUGUGAAGGCAGAAACAGAAAAUAUGGAGAGAGGAGUCAAUUAAGACGAGAUUUUGCUGGAUGUCCUCAGUAAUUCUUCAAACAGAAAGACCAGUGUGGGUAGUAGUUCAAGAUCAAGUUAAGCCUAGCCACAGACAUGGAGUUUACUAGACAUUACCUUCCAAUGGAAUGGGAGGAGCGAUGGAGGAGCGAGAAGGAGCGGAGGAAAAGAGUGAUCGAAGAAGGUGGCGCAGAAGGGAUAGAACAGGACAACCGCGAGCUUAGGAGGAUUGUGGCUUACAAUGACUCAAAGAUGGGGGUGAUGAGUGGGAGGGGUAAGAAAGAGGGGUCAGAGGACAGGAUGAGUGGUGCUAGUCAGGAAGGAAUUGGGCAGCAUAUGAGAGAGGACACAUUUGGGGAUGUCCACACAUACCGCAGUGAAACCUAUCCUAAAGAGGUAUUCAUUGCCCUGAAGGAAUUAUGGGAUUCAUCUCUUCUCACAGACCUGACUCUGACCACUGAUAAAGGGAACAGCUUUCACGUACACUCCCCUAUCCUUGCUGCAGUCAGCUCCUUCAUCCGAGAGAGGCUGAGGGAUAAAAGUGGAGAACGAUCAGACAGGUGGUCAGUGUCUCUGUCUCCGGAGGUUCAUCAAGUUGGGCUACAGGCAGUUUUGAACUUUGCCUACACUGGAGCUGUAUUGUCUUUGAACAAAGACAGCAUGACCUCGACUAUGGCUGCAGCUCGAGCACUGGGCAUCCCUAGAGUGCUGGAGUUAUGCAACAAAGCGGAGAGGAUGAAAGACAGUAGAAGUCCCAAGAAGGAGGACCGAAAGCUCUCUUCCUUAGAACAGAUGAAGAUUACUCUUCAGUCUAUUGAAAAGCUGUGGGCAGACAAAGUGGGGUGUCAUGUGAUUUUAGAUGUGGAUGGGUCUUUAUUCUAUGUCCACAGAGUUAUCAUGGCAGCAAGUAGUGACUACUUCCGUGGCAUGUUCACCUGCGGGAUGAGGGAAUCCCAUCAAACCCUUAUUGCCCUUCCUUUCUUAUUAGCUCCUGAGUUAGAGGUUCUGAUUAGCUGCUCCUAUAGCGGGACCCUUCCACUUAACUGGGACUGUGUCUUCGAGAUCACCUGCACCGCCCUCCAGCUUCAAUUCCAGCCUGCCCUCUCACUUUGCCUCAACUUCAUGCGACAGGAAAUGGAUGCAAGCUCCUGCCUAGACGUGGCAUCUUUUGCUGAAGCCUACGAGAUGUCAGACUUGCUUGAGGAAGCCAAUGAUUUUGUACUGAGGAACUUCUGGGAGGUGUCAGUCACUUCAAAGUUUCAGGACUUAACAGCAGAGAAGCUUCUCGACAUCCUCCGCUGUGAUGAUCUGUGUGUGCCCUCAGAGUUGGCUGUAUUUCGAGCUGUUAUCUCCUGGGUCGAAGCUGAUCCUGAGGAGAGAUUGGGCCAGGCUGGCGUACUGAUGACCGGAGUACGGUUCCCCCUCAUGACCUUUCGAGAGUUCAGGGAGGUCAGAGCCAUUAACCUUCGCAUAGAGUGCUUUGGAAACAAGGAGGUGGAUCUCUAUGGUUCAGCACUAAAGGAAUUUGGUUUCAGCCUCCCAGAAACUCAGGAUCAGUGCCGGGUCAGGCAUCCCAAAGACACUCUGGUUGUGGUUGGGGGAGACCAGCUGGACCAAGAUGGGGGUCAGCGCAUACCAAGCAGGGAACUAUGGUUUGCAAACUCUGUACGCAGUGGCACAGGGUUGGUGAAGGCGAUGGAGUGGAGAAGGCUGGGUGAGAUGCCAGACGAGCCAAAGUUCAGACAUGGAGUAGCAGCAAUGAUGGGAAGGUUGUAUGUGUUUGGAGGAUGUUACUACUACACAAAGGAUGACAUGAUGAAAUCCGCCUACAGUUAUGACCCUGUGCAGGACAGCUGGAAGAGGCUGGCUGACAUGCAAGAGUUUAGAAGCAACUUCUCAGUGGUGGUACAAGAGGAGCAUCUUUAUGCCAUUGGUGGAGAUAAGGAGAUCAACACCAACGUAGACAGUGUUGAGAUGUACAACCCAGACACUGAUUCCUGGAGCUUUGUGCAGCCCCUGGACCAGGCUUUGAGCGGCCAUGCUGUCACUGUCAUAGAUGGAGGAAUCUUCAUCUCUGGAGGUUUCAACGGUAAGUAUGUGUGUCUGGUUUCCAUGUUCCUGUACCACCCAGAGAGAGGAACCACCUACCUGGCAGACAUGACCCAUGACCGUGCCCAGCAUUGCAUGGAGCCCCUGCGAGGCCAUCUUUACGUCGCUGGUGGUGUGUGUAACCUGAGGAAGUUUUACACUGACCAACAAGCCUGUGAGGUGUACGAUCCUGUUGCUGAUGCUUGGACAGCUUUCGCUCCGCUGCCAUUGCGCCAUGUUGGCGCAGCCUCAGCCGUCCUGGAGGGGAAGAUCUAUGUACUAGGAGGAUACUGCCAGGAUGAUUACAGUGAGUCUGGACUUGUCCACCGGUUCGAACCUAGCACACAGCGAUGGGAGAACAUGGGCAAACUGCCUGGGGCUGUUACUGAUACACAGGCCUGUCUGCUCCGACUGCCCCAGCACUUUAGACUCUAGUAACUAGCUUGUCAAGAUUAUCAUUUUUAGAAACUGACAUUUUUGGUGUGAUCUAUUCCCAAAAUGUUAUGUAUUAUUAGCAAAUGUGGUUCAGCUAAAACAAACUGUUGUAUUGUUAUAUAUGUGGUUUAAAGCAUAGAAAGUCCAGAAUAACUUUGUUGUAAAGACCAGGAAUUUUUUGUCGCUACUUCUUCUUGAAAAAUAUAGUAUACUUAAGAGCAGGAUCAAAUGUACAAUCCCAAAUAUUACUUGCUAUAUAUUAAUAAUCAAAUCAUUUGAAUGCCACAAUAUAUAAUAAAUCUCUGCAUGUACUUUGUUACUGAGUGACACAUUUAUAUGUUAACUCAUGAAUCAGUCAUGUAUUAUCAAUGUCAGCCUUCUGCUGGUCCAGUGUAGUUUUUCUUCAUCUUUUCAUCAACAAUCCUGAAUUUUUCUUUCAGUUUCGCCCUUAAAUUCAUCAACUUUGUGUUCAUUCAGUUUUACGCUGUAAGCUCAAAGUUAAAAUAAAGUCAAAGAGAUCUUCACAUCCAAUUCUAUCUUACAUUUAGGGAAUGUUCCUCUCCACUGCAAACAAUCAAACAGGAAACGAGUCAACAGACAGGAAAUCUCUUUGAUUUUCUGUCCUGGGUAGUCUACUCUUACCUUUUUGACAUGUAGACUUGAAGCUAAAUCAAUUUUUUUACUGGCUCCACCAGGUAACAUGUUCCUGUGUACCUCAACAUGCAACCCCAU